UCACCACCAACAGAGGAGGAAGUGAUUGCGAGAUGUAAGUCAGCCAUAGCCGAGGGUUUAUCUCUUGUGAACAGGAGUUAUGAGCGGCAUGAAAUUCAGGAUUCAGAUUCUGAUGAAGAAGAUAGCCCAAGCAGCCCUGUUCCUGUGUAUGCUCUCAUCAAUCCUUAUGAAGUAAAGCCAUUGCCACAUAUCAUUGGCACAGCCAUGUUCAUGGAAGAUGAUAAACUAGGGUUACAGGAGUCUUCCAGUGAAGACAGCUCCAAGGUUACAUUCAGUCCAGAGGACACAGACACGGAGGAAGACUUGGACAUGGAAGACGAAACUGAUAUAAAUCAGAAACACAAGCCAAUUCCAGCAAGUAGCUCAAGAUUAAUGGAUGAUAGUGAUUCAGACUGGUCAGAUGUGCCAGUUAGAACUUCAAAUAAAAACCCACAGCCACCACACAUGACCAGUGAAGAUGAUGAUGAUGAUGAUGAUGAUUUCUUUGGCCCCUCCUCUAAAAGCUACAAGCAAGUUAACAAUGGACCAAAUUUAUCUUCAGAACUUCAUAAAAAGCUUCAAAGUGCCACAGGAACUUCUCAAAGAGUUAGUGGAAUGGAUUCAGAUAGUGAUGAAGAUGGAGAUUUAUUUGGGCAUAGACCAGAUCCUCUGGCAUCUUCAAAUAGCACAAACCCUUCUUCAACAGCAUCUCAUUCCAAACCUCCGUCACUUGGGGUGGAAAAUGUGAGAGCCAUGCCAGAUCUUGCAGGUGUGCGGUUGCCAGCUGCUGCUAGCCUUGUAAAGAAGAGUGAGGGCAAUCUGUUUGCAAGUGACAGUGAUGAUGAAGGAGACUUGUUUGGACCAAAGCCUCAGCCCUCUGGUAAAAGUGUUACCCAGGGACCAAUCUCAGUGAAGGGCAGUAAUCUGGCCACCCAAAGACCCUCCAAACAGCCAAGCCAAGCUCCCACCAGCAGCCUGUUUUCUAGCGAUGGGGAUGAAGAAGAAGAUGGAGGAUUGUUUGGUUCAAAAUCAACUUUGAUAAAAGGCACAGUUCAAAAUUUCUGAUGAGGAAAGACAGAGAGAGGAACCUCCUCCACUACCAAAUGAAAGGAAGGUUCCAGUUGGUGGCAUCAAUAUUUUUGGAUCAGCCAUUACAUCUGCCAUUCGUCGCCAGCAGUCAUCUGACUCUGAACAGUCAGAAAAGGAUGGUUCUGACUGGAGUGGUAGUAGGAAGUCCUCCAUUUCUACUCCCAAGCUGACUAAACCUGCAAGCAAGCCAGAAUCACCUAUAGUGCAAACAGCAGCAACAGUAAAAGUUGUACCUCCUGCUUCAGGAGGAAGAGGAGGAGGAGGUGGUGGUGGUGUUGGUGGUGGUGGUCUCUUUGAUUAUGAUGAUGAUGAAGACCUGUUUGGAAGUGUUUUAAAGAAGACCAAAUUACCAGAGAAAACACAAACUGAUAGUAGGGAGGAAAAAUCUGUGCCAGUAGCUGCUACUGCUAAUGCUAGCAUCCAGAAAGGAAUGC